AUGUCUAUGCCUCAGAUUGAUGCUCAAAGGGGGACUGCGCAGACACAAGCAGACGUCAAUGCCCCUCGCAAAAGGAGGAAACGCGCACCCGCUGCUGGCGCCACCAACGAUUGCUUUACAUGUACCACUCGUCAGCUCAAAUGCGACCGACGCAGACCCUAUUGCUCGCAAUGCCUGGACGAUGGGAAAGAUUGUGCUGGCUACAAGACACAAUUGACCUGGGGCAACGGAGUAGCAAGUAGAGGAAAGUUGCGUGGCCUGUCGCUGCCCAUUGCAGGCACUCAGAAAGUUGCCACACCCAGUUCACCAUCGAAACCGAAGAGAAAGCCUUCGCAAUCAUCCCAAUCAUCGCAAUCGCCCCACUCCUUACUACAGGGAAAUCAUAAUGCCAUUCCAGACUCAAGGAAUGUGCCAGCACAUUUAGUCCCCAGUCCCAAUUCGUCCAACACUGGGAAUGUCGGCCCACAGUUCGAUCAACCCCAGAUUUCUUUCCCUCUUCCCCCCCAUUAUACUACGGGCGCAGCGUGGGCACCGGCUACAGCCACUACCUUGCCCGCAACCGCGGGCGUCGAGUCGGAGCCAACAGAGCCGUCAUACUCGACAAUUUCCUCCAUCUCGUUGACCUCCCCCCUCGAGAGCUAUCCAUCUGGUAAUAGACUCAAUCCGAAUAUUGGGUAUGGCGGCAGCGAUCGAGUGUCGCCCAUGUCUCAUUCCACUUCCUCACCAGAAUCUGCAUAUUUCGGACGAGUUAUGAGCCACGGCUCCACGGGAGUUCCCAGUGCCCUACCAGAGUAUCCCGUUUCGCCUCAAUUUCGUUCGCCACAUGACAACGCCAUACCUGAUCACGGGAAUUUCUCCUUCUGCCAAGCCCUGGGCGAAUCCUACGUUCGCCAUGAUCCGUAUGCGCAGUCUUAUCUAUCACAUCAUCUUGAUCCGUCAUUUGAGCAUGGGACUGAGCAGGCAGUCGAUGACGACGUAGAGGAGGUUCGUCGUGCUGAAUGUGGCGAGGAUGAUGGAUGCGCGGUCGUUGAAACUGACUCUGCUGUCGCCUUUCCACAGGUGUCCCUCCAUUACAAUGUGCGCCUCUCUCCACUCGCUGGUGUGGGCGCCAUCGGAGCAACCCCGAGGAUGCAAUACCUCAUAAGCUAUUAUACCGAGGUCAUCUCCCCUGUUAUAGUUGCCUUUGAUGGUCCCUCGAAUCCGUACAGGACAGAGAUUCUUCGAUUAGCCGCUAGGAGCGAGACGCUGCAACAUGCAAUAUCUGCUUUGUCUGCAAGCAAUUUGAGGCAACGGAGAGAAACCGGUGCUCUCUCCACGGGUAAGACUGAUCCGGCGAGGCGAUCGUCUAUGGCGCACCUGGCCCUGACCAACGAAUCAUGGCAUAAUAUUGGUUUGCUAUGCCCCCAAGAACAGGCACGAGAAGAAUCGCGGCACAAGGGAAUUGCCAUCCAGUCCUUGAACAGACAGCUUGCCAAUCCUGUCUUACGAAUGGACGAUUCCACCUUGGCCACUCUCCUAAUUCUGUGUUUAUUUCAUAUUUGCGAUUCGGGGGUUGCGAGGUUUCAGACUCAAUUUGCUGGGGUGAAGAAACUCCUUAGCCUUCGCAAAAGUGACCCUGCUUCAGAAACGAAGGCGACUAAGUGGUUCACUCGGAUGUUUACCUGGUUUGAUGCGAUGACCGCCACAGUGAACGAUCGAGAGGGACAGCUUCAGGGAUAUCACCUAGACGUGUCUGCUUUGUCGGAUGAGGAAUGGGCAUUGGAAAAUCUUGCCGGCUGUGAUGGACAACUAUUCAAGACGAUUGCCAGACUGGGCCGGUUAAAUGUGUUAAGCCAGGGGAAGCCCGUGAAAGAGAAUCCAACAAUCGUUUCCAGACCAUUACCGCAAAUGCCCGCCGCACUGAAUCUCGACUACAACAGUUUCGACGGGAAUGGAUGGAUGCGCAUUGUUGAGGAUGAAAACCUAUUCUCAAGCAAGACCACGGAUCCGGAUGUAAAAACACAGUUCUGGCGGGAAUGGCGGGAAAUCCGGCACGCAUUACAAACAUGGCAACUGAACACUACCCUUUUCGAUUCUUCGAGCCCGGAAGCUCCAUAUCUUACGCUUGAACAGAGAAUCGACCUUGCCAAUAUAUCCGAGUCAUUUCGAUACUCGGCGUUGCUCUAUACCGAGCGUCUAGCGAACCCGACCGUCCCAAGUACAGACCCAUGUAUUCGAUCUUGGGUGCAGAAGUGUUUGAUGUACAUCAAAGCAGUUAAAUCGGAUGUAUAUCUUCUCUGGCCCCUUUUCAUCGCUGGCAGCGAAUGCGUGGAUGAAAUGGACCGGGAAGUCAUCCGUGUACGUUGUUUGGACAUUCAGAAAGACAGUGGAUUUCUCAACAAUAAGAGCUGUCUAGAACUGUUGGAAAAGGUGUGGUUGAGAAAUGAUGAGAAAAAGAGGGGUUCAGCUAGGCCCGGCCCGGGCUCACAAGUGGAUCUGGAGAAAGAGAGUGGUUUCAGAUUCACGACGAUUAUGAAAUCGGAAAAGAACGAUGGUGAAUAUAUAGUGGUGUGA